GGAACAUUGAGUCACACUGUGGAGGAGAGGAGAUCAUUCAGGAUGCCAGAGCCAGUCAAAAAAGCAGUUUCAGCAUUUGCCAAGAAACCAAAGACUCAGGAAGCAGAGGAGGGGUCCUCUGUGCUCUUUGAAGCAGAGACCGUGAAGCCUGACGCUAAAGUAAAAUGGCAGUGCAACUCAAAGGACAUUGCGAGUGACGACAAAUAUGUGAUCACAGCCGACGGAAACAAGCACUCCCUCGCAAUAAAAGCUAUUACCAAGGAAGAUGCCAAUGUGUAUGCAGUGAUUGCUGGGGGGUCAAAGGUCAAGUUUGACCUGAAGGUCGUAUCAAAGCCAGAAGCUCCAGUUAAGGCCCCGGUUGAUGCACCAGGGGAGUCCGGUGUAGAACCGGAAGGGGCCCCUGCUCCGCCUGCUCCGCCCGCUCCGCCUGCAGCAGCCCCCAUAGAGGAGCAGCCCGCUGCCCCAGCACAUGAUGCUCCUCCAGUUGAGGACGGACAGCCUCCAGACACCAGACAGGACCUGACUGGACUCUUCACAGAGAAACCCACAAGUGGGGAGGUCACUGUGGGUGAAAACCUUACGUUUGUGGCUAAAGUGAAUGCUGAGUCAUUGCUGAAGAAACCCACCAUCAAAUGGUUCAAAGGGAAAUGGAUGGACCUCGCCAGCAAGUCUGGAAAACACCUGCAGCUAAAGGAGACGUAUGACCGCAGCAGUAAGGUCUACACGUUUGAGAUGCAAAUCAUCGAAGCGCAGCCAAACUUUGCUGGAGCUUACAGAUGUGAGGUUGCAUCCAGGGACAAGUUUGACAGCUGUAAUUUUGACUUGGCUGUACACGAGGCUUGUGCUGCUGAAGGUUUGGACAUAAGAGCAGCUUUUAGGCGAACUAGUGCAGAUGGAAAUGAUGACUCCGGAGAGCUGGACUUCAGUACCUUAUUAAGAAAGAGAGACAGUUUCUUAAAAACCUCAAAUCGAGCGGUGCAGGUGAACGCAGAGCCGGACCUGGACGUCUGGAAUGUUCUCAGCCGUGCUCCUUCUUCAGAAUAUGAGAAGCUUGCUUUUCAGCAUGGCAUCACUGACCUGAGAGGCAUGCUCAAGAGACUGAAGAAGAUGAAGAAAGAAGAGAAGAAAAGUGCAGCUUUCCUCAAAAAGUUGGAUCCUGCUUAUCAAGUGGCAAAGGGACAAAAAAUAAAGCUGGCCAUUGAGGUUGCCAAUCCAGAUGUUGUCGUGAAAUGGCUGAAGAACGGACAAGAAAUUCAACCGAAUGGAAGCAAGUACAUCUUUGAGAGUGUCGGCAACAUGCGAUACCUCACCAUCAACCACUGCUCCUUGGCAGAUGAUGCAGCGUACUGCUGCGUGGUGGGUGAGGAGAAAUGCACCACCGAGCUCUUUGUUAAAGAGCCUCCCAUCUUGAUUGUGAAGAAUCUGGAGGAUCAGAUGGUGAUGAAGGGUGAGCGGGUGGAGUUAGAGUGUGAAGUCUCAGAGGAAGGAGCCAAUGUGAAAUGGGAGAAAGACGGAGUGGAAUUGACAAGAGAUGAGUCUUUCAAGUAUCGCUUCAAGAAAGAUGGCUGCAAACAUGUCCUGAUCAUUAAUGAGGCCACGAAAGAAGACUGUGGCCAUUACAAGGUUAAAACGAACGGUGGCGAGUCUAUGGCUGAACUCAUGGUGCAGGAGAAAGACCUGGAGGUCUACCAGAGCAUUGCAGACCUCACAGUGAAGGCACAGGAUCAGGCGGUGUUUAAGUGCGAGGUGUCGGAUGAGACAGUAAGGGGAACCUGGUACAAGAAUGGUGUAGAAGUCAAGCCGGAUGCCAGAGUAAUUAUCUCGCAUAUUGGCAGGAACCACAAACUGACCAUUGAUGAGGUCAAACCAGAGGAUGAGGGGGAUUACACUUUUGUGCCAGAUGGCUACGCUUUCAACCUUUCUGCUAAACUCAAUUUCUUGGAGGUGAAGAUCGAUUUUGUGCCACGGCAAGAUCCUCCAAAGAUCCACCUGGACUGUAUGGGCCGCACUCCCGAUUCGACCAUCGUGGUUGUGGCUGGCAACAAACUGCGUCUGGAUGUCCCCAUCACUGGAGACCCUGCUCCCACAGUGAUCUGGACCAAAGGAGAGAAGGAUAGUUCUGUAAAACCUGAUGGAGAAGAGAAAGAAGGGCCGACAUCCUCCUGGACCCUGAAGGAUGGGGAAGUCAUCACAGAGGGAGACGGCAGGAUCCAUGUUGAAACCACCAAGGGACACUGUAUCUUCACCAUCGAGGGGACUGAGAGGAUGGACGAGGGCAUCUACUCUGUUGUAGUUCGAAACCCCGCUGGGGAGGACACUGUAGAUAUUAAUGUGAAAGUUGUGGAUGUUCCAGAUCCCCCCCAGGCUCCCAGAAUCCUCAGUGUGGGAGAAGACUCCUGUGUUGUCCAAUGGGACCCCCCUCAGUUUGAUGGUGGACAGCCAAUUACUGGCUACGUGCUGGAGAGAAAGAAGAAGAAGAGCUUCAGGUGGAUGAGACUGAACUUUGACCCUUAUCAAGAAACUACCUAUGAAGCCAAGCGGAUGAUUGAAGGAAUGGAGUACGAGAUGCGAGUCUAUGCUGUCAACGGCAUCGGCAUGUCUCGUCACAGUUCAGCCUCACAGCCUUUCGUGCCAGUCGCCCCCACAAGUGAGCCCAUCGGACUCUGCGUCGACGACAUCAGUGACACUUCCAUCUCGCUGAAGUGGCGGCCGCCUGAGAGGAUUGGCUCAGCUGAACUCGAGGGUUAUGAGGUUGAGUACUGCAAGGAGGGCACGGAUGAAUGGAUACCUGCCAUUCAGGGUCUGACUGACCGGACAUCAUUGAUCAUCAAAAAUCUCACCACCGGAGACAAGCUGCAGUUCCGUGUGCGGGCCUACAACAUGGCAGGACCCAGUGCUCCCAACACUCUGGCUCAGCCUGUCACCAUCCGAGAGAUAAUGCAACGCCCUAAAAUUUGGCUCCCCAGAAAUCUCCGCCAGACUCUCGUCAAGAAAGUUGGAGACACUGUUAACAUUGUGAUUAAAUUCCAGGGUAAGCCAAGGCCAAAGGUCACAUGGAGCAAAGACGGGGAGCCUCUGACCUCCACACUCGCUAGUGUGAGGAACAGUGAUAUGGAUACGAUCCUCUUCAUCCGCAAGACAGAGAGAAAACACUCUGGGAAGUAUGAGCUCCAGUUGCAGAUUGAGAACAUGGAAGACACAGCAAGUAUCACACUGCAGAUUGUUGAUCUCCCAGGGCCCCCUUUGGCACUGAAGAUCACAGAUAUCUGGGGCUUCAAUGUGGCACUCGAGUGGAAGCCCCCGAAGGACGACGGUAACUGUGAAAUAACUGGUUACACCAUUCAGAAAGCUGACAAGAAAACCAUGGAUUGGUUUACAGUCUACGAGCAGUACAGGCGAACCAACUGUGUCGCGUCUGACCUCAUCAUGGGGAAUGAGUAUGUCUUCCGAAUCUUUGCCAACAACCUGGUGGGCCCCAGCCCGGAUCCCUGCAACACAACAGACAGCGCUUACAUCCAUAAAACAGGUAUCGAGUACAAGCCGCCCACCUACAAGGACCAUGACUUCUCGCAGGCUCCCAAGUUCACACAUCCGUUGAUUAACCGCUCUAUCAUCGCAGGAUACAGCACAACCCUCAGCUGCUCUCUCAGCGGCUCACCAAAGCCCAAAGUGACCUGGUUCAAAAACAAGAUGGACAUCUCAAAUGAAGCCAAGUACCGGAUGCUCUGUAGACAAGGUGUUCUGACGCUGGAGAUCCGCAAGCCCUGUACGUUCGACGGGGGAGUGUAUAUGUGCAAAGCUGUCAACGCCAGCGGAGAAGACAUAGUGGAGUGUAAACUGGAGGUCCGCCCUCAAAUUGUUAAAGAAGAAAAGAAGUAAGAGGUUCGAGCUGCUGACUGAAGAGAAUAUGGAUCCGUCUCCUGCAUGUUGACUGUUUUGUGUCAUGAGAAACUCUUCACUUGCAUCACAAACUGUGUUUAGCCCACAUAUUUCUUUGUUUUUGCACCACCUUCCUCUUCUGGAAUCCUCGUGCAUCUCGUCAUACUCACUGUUGUGUUAGCAUGAUGUGAACCGCUGGAUUACUGAAUUCUACACUAAUUUCCCAGAUGAAUGGAUAAUGGUGUCCAGUAAAUAGCAUUUUAGUCAAAGAAGGUAGCUAUAUUUAUUUAAUUAAUUCAGGGUGUGUUAUCUUGUUCCUCACUGGCUACAGCUGCAAUUAUAGUUUCUGGAUUUGUUUGUGUGUUUAUAAAGGUCAAUAAAAAUGCUUC